AUGCAGCCCCCCAGCAAUUUGCCCAAGGGCUUCGACUCCAUCGAGUCUACCAUCGAGGCGUUCCGCAACGGCGAGUUCAUUGUGGUACUUGACUCCCAGGAUCGCGAGAAUGAAGGUGAUCUGAUCAUCGCCGCCGAGGAUCUCACUACCGAAAAGAUGGCCUUCAUGGUCCGCUACACCAGCGGUCUGAUCUGUGCUCCCAUCACCUCUCAACUCGCUGUUGAGCUGGCACUCCCGCAGAUGGUGGUGGACAACGAAGACCCCAACCGUACGGCCUAUACCAUUUCGAUUGACUCGAAUGACGAGAGUGUCACCACCGGCAUUUCAGCCCACGAUCGUGCCUUGACCUGCCGCACCCUUGCCAGCAAGAAAGCCACCGUCGACAGUUUCCGCCGACCCGGCCAUGUUUUCCCGCUUCGCGCCAGGGACGGAGGUGUCCUGGAGAGAACGGGCCACACCGAAGCAGCGGUCGAGUUCUGUCGCCUAGCGGGCAAGCCCCUAGUCGGCGUCAUCUGCGAAAUGGUCCAUGACGGAGAGCCUGUCUCGGGACAAGCGGCCAUGCGCGAGCCCGGUAUGAUGAGACGCGAUGCGUGUCUAGAGUUCGGUCGCAAGUGGGGAUUGAAGGUUUGUACGAUCGAAGACCUGGUCGACUAUGUGCAGAAGGAGAAGACGGUGAGGAAUGGCAACGGGCAUGUGACCAACGGGGUAAAUGGCCAUCAUUGA